CACUUCCUCUCUGGUCCUGUUCUGUUAAAUAAUGUCUGUACACUUUGACAGCAGCUCUGGCUUUAAAUAAUCCUCCAGCAGUGUCUAAAUGCACCUGACACUUCGUGAACUAGUAUCGAUACAGGCAUGUUGACCUGUUUGUGACAAAGUAAGAUUUCAUUUAGAAUGGAGAAUUCAGAAACCAGUCCAUCUUCGAGGCCCCUGGCAGUGCCGGACAGAGGCAUGGUGCGACCCUCAGGACCCCCCGGUCAGCUGCCAGAGUCAGCUAGACCCUCCAAGCACAGGGAGCACCCAUCCAAGUCACCAAGGAGACGGCGGGAGGGGAAGAGGUUGCAGCGACGGGGGGGUGGUCAUGAACAGCUGCUGUGGGAGAUUGAGCGACGGAGGUUGCCAGGCCAACACGAGCACUCAGAGCCCUCUGGUUCGACGAGCGACACAGCGGAAAGCUCUCCUAAGAGAAGAGCACACUUUCUACAUGGACCAUAUCCAGCCACUCACUUCGGACCCAAAGCCUGUAUUCUUCCCAACCCAACUUCAGUCAUGCACAUCCAAGACCCGGCCAGCCAGAGGCUCACCUGGAAUAAACCUCCGGUCAAUGUUCUGGUCAUCAGGAAAAUCAGAGAUGAGAGUCUGGUUGAGCCAUUUAAAGAGCUCUGCACAUUUCUAGUGGAGGAGAAGCAGAUGAUGGUGUACGUCGAGAGGAAGGUCGCCGAUGAUGCUACGCUGUCGAAAGACGAAGCGUUCGGCUCCAUCCGCAAUCAGCUCUGCACCUUCAGAGAGGGUUACGAUGAUAUCUCUGACUGCAUCGACCUCAUUAUCUGUCUGGGUGGAGAUGGGACUUUACUUUACGCCUCCUCUCUCUUCCAGGGCAGCGUGCCUCCGGUCAUGGCGUUCCACCUCGGCUCUCUGGGUUUCCUGACGCCCUUCAAGUUUGAGUCUUACAAGACUGAAGUGGCUAAAGUGUUUGAAGGCAACGCGGCCAUCACUCUACGCAGCCGUCUCAAAGUGAAGGUGGUGAAGGACAUGUUGCAGAGGACCGGACAGCAGCCGCAGCAGCAGCAGCAGCAGGAGCAGGAGCACAACGGGCUCCCUCCUCAUGGACACACCAACAGUGAGGCCGGGAAGGUCACCCUGCAGCUGCAGGUGCUGAAUGAGGUGGUGGUGGAUCGAGGGCCGUCCUCCUACCUGUCCAACGUCGACUUGUACCUCGACGGUCGACUCAUCACCUCGGUGCAGGGAGACGGUGUGAUCGUGUCCACGCCUACGGGCAGCACAGCGUACGCAGCGGCAGCGGGAGCCUCGAUGAUCCACCCCAACGUCCCCGCCAUCAUGGUCACUCCCAUCUGCCCACACUCGCUCUCCUUCAGGCCGAUCGUGGUCCCCGCCGGGGUGGAGCUCAUGAUCACCUUGUCCCCCGACGCCAGGAACAUGGCCUGGGUGUCGUUUGACGGACGGAAGAGACAAGAGAUCCAGCACGGAGACUGCAUUAAGAUCACCACGUCCUGUUACCCGGUGCCGUCCAUCUGCUGCCACGACCUGGUGUACGACUGGUUUGAAAGCCUGGCUCAGUGUUUGCACUGGAACGUACGCAAGAGGCAGGCCCGGCUCGCGGACGCCUCCGACUCCUCGGACACGGAGAACUGACGACGGGGAUCAGGUUUGAGUUCAGGGAAACACCGGACUGGGACUCAUCGGCUUUACGCUGAUCCCAUGACGAGCAUGGACAGCAAUCAUACAUUUAAUUUAGUAGUUUAGUCCCAUUACAUUCCAGUGCACACACGGGGAGAACGCAUGCGACUCACCUAGAAAUGGAAGAACCUGACCACGUAAUAAAGCAGUUUUAAGGAUGAGCCUCUCCACGAAAAAAACGUUUGACUCAGUCGUCAGAGCAAUAAGAUGAAGAUGUUACUGUCAAGAGCUCAUUAGGAGGAAAAACACACUGAUGAACCUGAAAUCCAACCUUAAAGUGUAAAUGUGUACAUAUAGAAAUGUAGGACGGCUUUAUUUAAUGUGAUAUUUAUGUGAUAUUUAUGUAUUUCCCCGAGUCAACCAAAGACGACUGUUUUCUGCCCCUCAAAUGUUGCGUCUGUACGUGUUGUGGCUUUUUUUUUCCUGCCUGUUUGAAUUCCAGUCAUGCAUGAAGUAGUAACGAGUAAAAACAAAAAAAAAUCUGCCGUUUUUUUUUCAUGAUCGAUAAACUGUCAGAUUAUCAAAGGAUGCUGCAGGAAGCAGUAAAAUAAAUCAGUUUUUGUUUGAUCUUUGUGUGUCUGAUACAAUGAACCAACCCCGGAUUAAUUCCAACACAAAAUAAGAGGCGCCGUCACAACACUCGUGUGCUUUCUAUAUUUUUAUUGCAAUGAUAAGAUACAGAUAUAUUUCCAGACAUCCAAUUAAUUUUUUUUUUUAUUUUAUUAAAUUAUACUCCAAUAUUACAGGAGACAGUCUCGAGAAUGAUAUCGAUCCAAAUGUGGACAACUAGGUGAUCAAAAGACACAGUUUUUUGACCAGAGAUAAAACAUCGACGUUUUAACAGUUUCAUUUUUAUUUCCCCCAAGAAACAUGAGAUGAGAAGCAGCAGCAGCAUAGAGAGUAAUAAUACUACAAUAUACAACAGACCGAUACUGUGCAACAGUCAAGAACAACUGGGAGAAUCUGUUUUUGUGUGUGUGUUUUUUUUUUUCCCCCCUCUCUCUUUUGUGAAUAAUGCUUAUGCAGACGUUGCCACUGGCAGCUCAGAAAACAGAGGAGUACUUUGUCUGUUUGAGGAAGAAGAAAAAAAAAAUAAAAACAAGACACUGAAAAAAAACAACGCUGUGGCGCAAGAAACUCAACGAGAGCUACAAGCCUUGGUGAGGUUACAGCAGACAAACGGCUUAAAACAGACAAGAGAAGUUUGGUUUUAGGGGGCGAAACAAAACAAACAAACAAACAAAAAAAAAGCUGUACAGAAAGCUGCGUGGAAUAUAUUAAAAAAUUAUUUUAUCAUCGUGUGUGUGUGUCGGGGGGGUCGACGUCAGUGUUACACAAGCCGCUGGUUUCCUAACUUCAGGUUAAUGACUGACCGCUGUUAGUGAGAGGAACACGGAUGUGACACAACCAGACCUUUACAUUUG